CAAGCCCCAACCCGAUAAAACUCCGCUGCGUCAAACCGGGCCAGUCCGCAGGUCUUCCCCGCUUUUUGCGGACUUUUGACUGUUCGAGACAUCGAGAAAUAGCGUUACUAUGAUAUCAUCUUCGGGUUGAUUAUAAGAGCCAAUAGUAGGCGAUUUUAUGGGUAAAGAGGGAUCCAUACUUGACUCUACGAGUUUCGGGAGCAUAAGUUAUCCUCAAGUCCAACUCAUCGGCAACAAACACUGGAGGCUUGAGAUCAUUGGCUUCAAUUCCAAACAACAAAGCAUUCUAGCUUCUUGACAACCCAAAACAAACAUCCAAUAUGAAGGUCGCAGUCCUCGGCGGAACCGGCGUGACCGGAACUUCGAUUAUGAAUGGACUCCUCUCCUCGCCUGAGACUAAAUAUGAGAUAACCGCGCUUAUCCGACCGAGCUCGCUGGAGAAGCCAGAGGUCAAAGCUUUGGAGAAGAGGGGCGUCAAGAUUGCUUCAGUAGACCUGAGCGGACCCGAAGAUGAAAUCGCGAAUCAGCUUACCGGUCAUGAGGUGGUCGUUUCAGCCAUUGUGGCAGACAAGCUGCUCGGCCAAAUUCCCCUCGCCAAUGCGGCUAAGAAAGCGGGCGUAAAGCGAUUUGUCCCCUGCUUCUUUGGGACGGUGAUGCCCGGCAGGGGUAUGUUGUGGUUCCGGGACCAGGUCAGCUUGCCGCGUCUUCCCUCGGGACGUAUCGAUGCAGUCGCGAGUCCAUUCGACAACUGGAUCGCCGGAGACGGAACCGUUCGCUCUGGUAUGACUGACCUACGCGAUAUCGGCAAAUACGUCGCACGCAUUAUAGCGGAUUCCCAGACCCUGAAUCACAGAGUCUUCGCGUUCACCGAGCUCUUGUCCCAAAACGAGGUGUACGAUUUGAUCAAGAAGAUGAGUGGAGAAAAGGUUGAGAGGAAAUACAUGUCGGGUGACGAGAUUGAGGCUGAGAUGGUCAAGGCGAAGGAUGACAAGGCCAACCCUCAUAGGCUGUCGGUUUUGCAAUAUCGGAAAUCGUGGGGUCUCCGAGGAGAUAACACGCCGGAGUACGCGCGCUACCUAGGAUAUCAAAUCGCGAAGGAUCUGUAUCCCGAUCUGACGGGUAAUUCGUUUGAGGCUUUCUGCAGCGAGGUUCUGGAGGGCAAGGCGAAUUCCAUCUACGAGAAGAAGAAGCGAGAGGCCAUGGAAGCAGCUGGCAAGAAGCGAUGUAUCAAGGAACUUCGUACUUGGUAGGUUUCAACAGGCUACAGCAAUUGCGGCUAUUGUUGGAACGUAAGUCGGAGUCAGUAGCCGGUCUUGCUAGACCAAUAGGUGAAUCCGCAGAAAUUCGAAACUUCUAUUAAAGUCGCGGUGCCUCCACUAGUGAGCUGAUCCAUUCAAGGCGGCCCCCGUUUCGAGUUGAAAUCCAUUCAUUUGAUCUGCAUGCUUAAAACCUUGAUGCUUGGCAUUACCAACGAAUCCAUAGAGCUCCGACUUAGGAGUUCACAAGAUCAGGAACCAAUCGAGGCAAGCUUAAAGCGCCCAAUCUGAUAAAACAGAGGCACAUGUACUAUUAACUGCAAAGACUUGCAACAACGGGCUUUUAACGCACAUUAUGCUGAGGGUUCACCCGCUGCAGUCAGAGAGGGGGAAAGCCGCGAUAACAAA